AUUCCUUACCCAGCAUUCCAUUUCGGCUCCUGGCAGGCCUUCCCCAGCCUUAUGCAAAUGAGAGCAGCACAGUAGCUUUGACUGCAGAAGGGGAGGGAGGCAGAAAUGAGUUCAAAGGUCACAAGGCUGGUGGAAGGCUGGAACGGUUGAAUGAAAAAAUGAAAAAAUGUAGUGGGUGCCGCCGCAGUCUCCGGCAGACAGGCGAGGAGUUAGUUAAAUGAAGUGAUACUGGCUGCUCGGCGUGAAGACUGCCCAGGACCUAUGCAGGCGUAGAAACGUGCCCACAGGUACAUGUGACAGCGUUGCAGCGAUGAGUGGAAUUUUAAAGAGGAAGUUUGAAGAAGUCGAUGGCUCCUCACCCUGUUCCUCUGUGCGGGAAUCAGAUGAUGAAGUUUCUAGUAGUGAAAGUGCAGACAGUGGAGACAGUGUCAAUCCAUCCACUUCUAAUCAUUUUACCCCAUCCUCAAUCCUGAAACGAGAGAAGCGGCUGAGGACAAAGAAUGUUCAUUUUAGCUGCGUUACCGUUUACUAUUUCACGAGGAGACAAGGUUUCACCAGCGUUCCCAGUCAAGGAGGAAGCACGUUGGGCAUGUCCAGCCGCCAUAACAGUGUGCGUCAAUACACUCUUGGUGAAUUUGCGAUGGAACAGGAAAGGCUCCAUAGAGAGAUGUUAAGAGAGCACCUCAGGGAGGAAAAACUUAACUCUUUAAAGCUGAAGAUGACUAAGAAUGGUACGGUAGAGUCUGAAGAAGCCAGCACUCUUACAUUAGAUGACAUUUCAGAUGACGAUAUUGACUUAGACAACACGGAGGUAGACGAAUACUUCUUCCUGCAACCCCUGCCAACAAAGAAACGAAGGGCGCUGCUUCGAGCCUCCGGAGUGAAAAAGAUUGAUGUGGAAGAAAAACACGAGCUGCGGGCCAUUCGCCUAUCACGAGAGGAUUGUGGCUGUGACUGUAGAGUAUUCUGUGAUCCGGAAACUUGUACUUGCAGCCUUGCAGGCAUCAAGUGCCAGGUGGAUCGGAUGUCUUUCCCAUGUGGUUGCACUAAAGAGGGAUGUAGUAAUACAGCAGGUAGGAUAGAAUUUAAUCCUAUCCGAGUCCGGACUCACUUUUUGCACACAAUUAUGAAACUCGAACUGGAGAAAAACCGAGAGCAGCAAAUUCCAACGCUGAACGGCUGCCACAGUGAGAUCAAUGCUCACACUAGUUCUAUGGGCCCUGUUGGCCACCCUGUGGAAUAUUCAAUUGCAGAGAAUUUUGAGAUUGAAACAGAACCCCAAACAACAGUGAUGCAUUUGCAGUCUGCAGAGGAAUUGGAUUGCCAAGGGGAAGAUGAGGAAGAGGAAGAAGAUGGGAGUAGCUUUUGUAGUGGAGUUACAGAUUCUAGCACACAAAGUCUAGCACCAAGUGAAUCAGAUGAAGAGGAAGAGGAGGAAGAAGAGGAGGAAGAAGAUGAGGAAGAUGAGAAAGGGGAUCAUUUUGUGGAGGGUCUGGGCACCCACACCGAAGUUGUGCCUCUUCCUUCAGUUCUCUGCUAUUCCGAUGGCACUACAGUCCAUGAAAGCCACUCUAAAAAUGCCUCUUUUUACACUAGUUCUUCAACUUUAUAUUACCAAAUAGACAACCAUGCCCCAGGCACCACGAAUCAAAUUCCUGAGAACUAUUCUGAAAGAGAUACUGUUAAAAAUGGUACCCUUUCUCUGGUGCCUUACAGCAUGACAUCUGAGCAGUUUGUUGACUAUGCCCGACAAACAGAAGAGAGCUAUGGUAGCUCCCAUUACCCAUCUGCGAACCCCUCCGUAAUAGUCUGCUGCUCUUCGUCAGAAAAUGAUAGCCAUGUGCCAUGUAGUAGCUUAUAUCCUGAACACAGGCCAAACCACCCACAAGUGGAAUUUCACUCUUAUUUAAAAGGUCCCUCCCCAGAGAGAUAUGUUUCCGCUUUGAAUGGCGACAGUCAUAUAGUUGAGCAUCCUGCUGAAAAUUCCUUAAGCCUUUCGGAAAAGAGCAGAUUGCACGAAGAGUGUAUCAAGUCAUCAGUGAUUGAGACCGUCCCCGUGUAG